AUGGGUAUUUUGGAGGCAAAGCUUGGAGAUCAAAAGUUGAACCGAGUUAUGCAGAAUAAAUUUGAUGGGUUUAUGCAAGUCAACGAUUUUUGCACUCAUAGAGCCGGUCGAAUCUUGAUUUUAUGGAGUCCAUCCAAAGUUAAGUUGGAAGUUUUGGAGACGACCCCACAAAUUAUCCAUUUUAUUGCUACUUGCAAGGUAACAUCUUAUACCUUUCUUGUUAGUUUUGUUUAUGGUUUUCAUACAAUUGUUAGCCGGAGGCCACUUUGGAACAACAUCAUGGACCUUCAUGCAAAUGUUUCAUUGCCUUGGAUGAUUCUUGGUGAUUUCAACAAUGUGCUAAAAUUUGAUAAGAAUAGCAAUGGGGCGGAAGUAACUCCUUAUGAAAUUAAAGAUUUUGCUAAUUGUUGCCUUCGUGUUGGUCUUACAGAUGUGCGUUCCAUUGGUUGUCUUUACACUUGGAUUGAUAAUUCGACUUGGAGCAAAAUUGAUAAGGUCAUGGUGAAUGAUAUUUGGGUACAAAAUGGUGCAUAUGUCUUUCCUGAUUUGUUACCUUUCAGGUGCCUUUUUGAUCAUUCUCCAUGCAUCGUGUCUAUUCAUGAUCGUAUGGUGAAUACUAGAAAAUCAUUUAAAUUCUUUAAUAGGUGGACAAACCACGAGGAUUUCAAUGAUAUUAUUCUAGCUAGCUGGAAUUUUAAUGUGGUGGGAACAAAGAAACUUAUUCUUUGUAAGAAGUCGUGCAAAUUAAAAGGAGCAUUGAACGAGCUUAAUGUUAAGCACUUCGACACAUUUCUACUCGGGAACACAAGGAGAAAUUUUAUUGCUACUACGCUUAAGGAGGAUGUGAUGUAUACUACUUCACAAGACCAAGUUGCUUUGGAAUUUGUCUUGCUGGGAAAAAAAGAGCCGGUGGGGCUGAUUGACAUGGACAUUAUUCGCAAUGGGCCUUUGGUAUCCUUGGAACAAGGCAUCUCAUUAAUUCGGGACAUUUCUUGUUAUGAGAUCAAAGAAGCUCUAUUUGGGAUUGGAGAUGAUAAAUCUCACGGUCCAAAUGGUUACACUUACGUUUUUUCAAAAAGGCAUGGGGGGACUAUUGAACAUGAUUUUGUGGAGGCCAUCAUGGAAUUCUUCUCAUCGGGAUCUAUCCUCAAACAAAUCAACCACGCGGUCAUUGCUUUGGUGCCAAAAUCAAGACAUGCACCUAGUGUUGGGGAUUAUAGGCCUAUAUCUUGUUACAAUGUUAUCUAUAAAGUGAUCACUAAAAUCCUUGCUUCUAGAUUGAGGCCUAUCUGGGGGGAUAUUGUGGAUCAAGCACAACCUGCUUUUAUUGAAGGUAGGAGUAUGAUGAAAAAUAUUCAUCUUGCCCAAUAA